ACACUCGGUUGGGCGUACGCACGGAAUAGAACGUAUAUCGGUGCAAAUCGGAGUACAGGUUCUCGGUUUUGCGCGCACACUCGGUUGGGCGUACGCACGGAAUAGAACGUAUAUCGGUGCAAAUAGAUUCGUUUAAAAUCGUCUAGAACUAGACUAGGGUGCUGUGUGCAUCGUUGCACGGUGCAAGCAUCUGUGUCAAAUACGCGCGAAACGACUAAUUACAGGCUACAAAAAUCACUCGACCAUGCUGCCGCUCUGCGAAUUCGGUGCGCGAAGAUUACGUAACUUUCAUCGAAAUUAAUACACCGUAAUGAUGAUUUCGUGUUAUUUUACUACACUGCUAAUAGAAGAGCUAUACCGUCGAGACCAUGUAAGACUUGGGACCUGCAUAUAUUGUUUACGUCCAAUCAGUGAUCAACGAUACUAUAACGGUUAAGGGGCGUCAAAGAAACGUGAAUUCAACGUCGAUUUCGAUAACGAAAAUUGUCGCCUUCAUCGAGGAAUGAUGUGUUUAAAACAUUUCUUUUCGCUCUGGAGGGUGGCGACGGCGUUUUUCAUCUGCACGUUGUUUUCAGGUGUUCAUACUUGCCUGCAGGUGUUCAUAGAUGAUGUUGCGGUACACCUUCGUACGACCACUGCUGUGAUCGGAAUGACAUUGGCGAUGUUUGUAGUUCCUUUUGGCAUCUCAGGACCAAUAAUGUCUUACGCCCUCAACGUUGUAGGAUGUCGACCGGUAAUAAUGAUAGGUGGUGUUCUGCUGUCUGCAGGGAUAUUCACCAUGGCAUUCGCAAGGCACAUUGCGUUCAUUGGGAUUGGAUAUAGUCUGCUUGGAGGGAUUGGAGGAAGUGCCAUCUACACUGCAUCUACAGCUACCAUUCGACAGUACUACUCUGACCGUCACUAUGCUCUAGCUAAUGGUGCGGCAAUUACAGGCGUCUCCGUGUCGGUUUUUGUCUUUUCACCAGUUCUCAGGGUCCUUGCUUCCUUCUACGGAUGGAGGGGGGCUUUAGUGAUCGCUUCGGCCAUAUCGCUUAACACUGUUGUCAUUGGUGCACUCAUUAAACCUGAGGUCAUCAGGAAACGAAGACCGGUGGUCAGUGAUGACUGCAAAGUAUCCGACCUUAAUCAUGUUAAUCAUGACAAUGAUGAAGAUGAUGUGAAAAACGGCACACAUGAACUCCUGCUUCGACAACCUUUCUCUGACCAACAACCUACUUCCUGUCUGGAGUCUUCAAAAACAAAAGACCAUAGAGGCUCUUCUGUGGGAGCUGCCGAAAACCGUAGUGAAUCGUCUGACAACGAAGAACGUUAUCCAUCAUCAACGGGUAAUCCAGCCCAUGGUGAUGACUGUCGCUGUGACUCAGAUGAAGAUAUCGACGAAAAUAAAGAAUUGGUAGAAGGUCUAGUAGUUUUGGAUAAUCACGUUGAUGUCAAGUCUGGCGUCUCCAUGACAAAGGACAAUAGAUGCUCUCGAUCCAAUGUCUCUGGAGAAGACAAUCUUUCGAGUUGUCAAGAUUGCACCGGUAGUCAAACUGGAGUGAAUGAUAUCCCAAAUGAAUAUCAUAACCUUGAGAAUGCAAAGGUCGUUCGAUCUACUUUUAGAAUAUCCAAUCUUUGCAAGUUCAGUGCCAAACCCAUCAGUCGGACAACCUCAAUUUGCCACGCUGCACUUCUCGUCGCCAUAUUUUUCUCGUCAGGUACCUACAUGACCUGUAGCAUCUUCCUUGCCACUGCUGGAACGCAUGGAGGACUCUCUCCCAUGCAGGCAGCUACACUCCUCUCUGCCUUCGGGAUUUCCCAAGCCGUUGGCCGUUUUUCCAAUGGCAUCAUAGUGAUGAAAGGGUAUGUGAAAACCACGCAUCUGUACAUAGGAGCACAGAUACUAGUGGCAUCGUCCUCACUAGUCCUAGGGCUCCUGAUAAGGGUUUAUGCGGUUGCUGUCUUGGCAUCUUUGACCCUCGGAGUGUCUGCAGGGACUGUUGUCUCACUCAACAUCGUCAUGCAGAGGGUGAUCGAUGACUGUGCCAAUUCAAUCUCGUUAGGAUGGCUUCUCCUUGUUGAAGGUUUUGGUGGUCUCUUCGGCAGUUUGGCAUUGGGUUAUCUGAAGGAUGUGAGUGGUAGCUUUCUGCUCACUUUCGUUCUGGCUGCAGUCUUCUCGUCACUGUCUGCUGCCCUCAGUGUUCUCAUCCUCAUUCUCAAAAGACGGGAAGCAAUGACCUUGAAAAAGGGCAAACCCAGAACCAAAGCAAUCUAAUUUUCCAAAAACUGUUUCUCCCUUUUUUUUGGCACGACAUUGGCUCCUGGCUUUAUUCCGUCUAAGAUGUAUAUAGGGUUAGGGCUUGGGUUGCAAUAGGGUUUAUGUUAGAUUUAGGGUAGGAUAUAGUAAAUCCAGGGUUGGGUGGAAUUUAUAGUGGAGCAAUUGUCGCCGGAGCUGGCGGAAGAUCGUGAUUCGGCAAGUCGCCAUGCUCCACGUACCAAAGUGCCAUCAGAGACCGUGUUGGGUCUGUAACGUUUGCAGAUGCUGCGACUUGCUAUGGACUCUGAGAAAAGAUGUUAACAGCCACAAUUAUAAGAAAUAAUUAAAGACGUUAAUUUCAAUUUGUCACUCUCCACCCAGGAGUUAAAAGAGUUUUGUAAAUUUAUCUAUAGCAUCUCCACUUCACUUUGCUUUAUUGUGUGCGAGCAAUUUGAAAUAUUAUUUUACUAUCAGUAUCGUCAUCAUAAUUGUUUUAUGAUCUUGAUACAUGUAUUGCUAUUAUAAUGAUUCUUAUCUUAUUAUUUGGCAUGCACGACCUUUAAAGAGAUAUAUACGUAGAUUCGAACAAUUUUAUAUCAUGUUUUUUAAAUUACGAAUUUUUAAUGCUUAAUUUCUUUUAUUAUUUCAUCACAAUUGUCAUAUUAAAUGAGAUUGGUUGUAUUGUAAAUAUAGGAUAUAAUGUACAUUAUGAAACAAGUAAUUUGAAGAAUGAAUCGGUCUUUGAUGUGAAAAGAGAAUCACAGAUACUCAUCGUAUAAUAAAGUAAAACUGUCCACUGCAAUGAAGCAGUGAGGGAAGGGAAUAGAAUGUGUAGACAAGCAGUUGAAACCUGAAAACUGUUACCUGGAAAACUACGUCAAGAGGGGCAAAUAAUUUCUGAAGAAUACAAGAAAAAGUCCUCUAGCGUGUAGAGGAGAAUAUGGACAAAUAAAGAAAUUGACAUGAUUGAAGAAUGAAUUGAGGGCGCUCGAGAACGACAAUGGAUAAGAGUGAAAUAGAGAGGGACAGUAGACUAGAGAGAGGAAGAGACACAAAGAGGGUAGAAGGCGGGAGAGGUAGAGGGGAAGAAGGGGGAGCUAAAAGCUUGGGAUACAUUAAAUGGGAAUUCGAACUAUGUUUAACUCUUGAGUUAGUACAGUAUAAUUAUGAUUAUGAAUGGUGCCAUAUCUGUUUAAAAAAAACACUCAAACGUUACGAAACGCUCAGAUCAGGGACAAGUUCGGAGAGCGUAAUAACUCCACCUCGACGCCUACUGGCGUAAAGAUGGGGGGGGGGCUUGGGGCGAUUGCGCCCCCCUCAAAAUUAAUGUUCAUGACCAAGAAGAAAAAUGAGAAUAGGAAAGAGAGAAGGUGAAAUGUGAUAUUUCCUGAAUAUUAUGUCAAAAUAUAUAACAAAAUUUGAUUUUUGUAAUAAAAAUGUCAAAAUUUUUGCUCGCUUGCAACUUUUUAUUAUUUUUUCCCGAUCAUAUCUGACCCCCUCAAAGUUUUUGGCUCAUUACGCCGCCAUAUGGAAUGCCAAGCUGAACAAUAUUGACAUUGAAUAAAAUGCAGACGCAUGGGAUAUGGAUCUGAUACAGACCAGCACUGCAUGUUCACUGAUCUUGUGUUGAGCUAUAGUUGACGCAUUUAUGAAACGGGCCCCAGAUUCCAAAAAAAAAACCUGUUAGAUUUUCGAAUGUGGGACAAAGUAAUAUUAUAUGUCUCUAGCAAUCUCAUGUAUGCGUAAUUGCCUAUUCAAGAUUCCAAUAUUAUGAAGAGAUGAUGGAAAGGAUUUCCUUUAGUAUUGUAGCAUUUUGCUCAUGAUGAUCUGUAAACAUACAGCUGAAAGGGAAGAAGAAGUUACAUAGACGAAAAUCAUUAUAAUUAUACAUGUAUAUGAGUAUAAUUUUAAAUGUAGAUUCUUAUAGAGAAAUUUGAUAAUAGAGAAUGUCUUUCAAAGUAUACUGAUUUUGAUAGUAUCAUAUUCAAUCCAUAUUACGUGAAUAAUUACUCUUCCUUUUUCUUUAUGGAUGUGCAUUUUUUCUAGAAUCUCUAGCAGUAUUAAAAUUUGUUUCUAAUGAAAUACAAAUG